AUGACUCCAUCAUUACUUCUUUCCCUGCCCGAUGAGGUUCUGCUGCAAAUCGUCGGCCAUUUGACGCCGCCGCUCGAUGGUCUCGAUAUCCCCUUUCAGGCCUACACCGAUCCGGAUGGCGUUGUCGUCUCGAACCGUGUCGCCCUUUACCGCCUCGCUUUUGUGUGUCGACGGUUAUCGGAUCUGGCAGUCCCCUAUCUCUACCAAACCGUCUAUCUCUGGGGUCAGACCCGCCUUCAGUCGCUGCUCCAGACCCUACUUGAGCGUCCGGAGCGAGGCGAGAACAUGCGCAUCCUGUCCUACGUCUCCUGUUUGGGCACAGAUCACUAUCCCACCGACGUUCUCUGCCCCUACAAGCGCACAGAAUGGCGCUGCCUGGUGGAUGCCUCGCCCCGGUUCCCGGACCGCAUCAAGACAGUUGUUCGUGAAGCCAAGACCGAGCUGGAAUUCGCACAAAUCGUCUUCGCCCUCGUUCUCUACUCUUCGCCGAACCUGCGCACUCUGCAUAUGCGCAUGCCGUUCGCAGCGGGUGAAUACCAGAAGCUCAAGGACAUCCUCACACCCGACAUCGAGACUGCCGAAGGCUGCCCCCGCGUCCUGAGCUCCCUCACCCGCGUCAUGCUCGAACCCAUGCCUGACUUUCCCGGAGCCAGCUUCUGGCCCCGUCGCGAGCUGCCGUGUCUCCUGCGGCUGCCCAACCUGCGCUCUGUGGAGCUCGGCUCCGCUGUGUUCCGGCCCGCUGUUCUGGAGCCCGGUGACGGCUGGGGUGACGAUGGGAGCUGGAAGAACGUCGAAGAGAUCCGACUUGUGCGGAGCAGCAUGUGGGGCCAAGGCUGGCACGCCAUCUGCGCUCUGUGUCCGAAUCUGAAGCUUCUCGAGAUGGGCCCUUCCGGCGUCGCGGAACAACCUGCCGACGGCGAACACAACCUCAACACCGCAUUGUCCCUUGUCUCCGAUACCCUUGAAACGUUCUCAUUUGAAGGCAUCCUUGCAGGCAACUUCUCCCAACAUGUUGGCGGAGACGGUACUCUCACCUGUUUGCCCAAGAUGAAGGCCCUGCGCAAUGUCAAGCUCGAUAUUGGCAUUCUGUAUGGAAACCCACAGAGGGUUCAAGACAUUGAUAUUCGUCACCGGCUGCCCGCGUCGUUGGAGAUACUUGACUUGGCAGAGCUGUGGCAUGACGUCGAGGUCGACCAGCUCUCGCCCAAGGAGCGCUCCAAGUACGAGCAGGGCCUUCAAGAUGCUCUGCAUAAGCUCGUCUUUGAGAGCAAGGACACGUUGCCCAAUCUGAAGGAGAUCACCUUCCGCCCGAACCCCUUUUAUGACCCUUUGCCGAUACCAGAAACUCUCACUUGCCCGUCCGAGGUAAGCUUCAAGCUUGUCUACUAG